AUGGGCAGCGACGACGCAUAUCUCCUCACGGCUUCCGAAGCCCUCGCCAAGAUUCGCGCUGGCGGGAUGACCAUUGAGGGCUAUGUUCGCUCACUGCUGCGUCGUAUAGACGUGCGUGACGUCGACGUCGGAGCUUGGGCCUAUAUAGACAAGGAUUACAUCCUCCAGCAGGCGAGAGCCCUGGAUAAGGUGCCGAUGAGCAGGAGAGGCCCGCUGCACGGGAUGCCCAUUGCCGUCAAGGAUGUCAUUUACACCAAGGAUAUGCCGACGGCACACAACUCGCCAAUCUACAAAGACGACUUUCCCAAGCUCGACGCAGCCUCCAUCAUCCUCCUCCGCCACGCAGGCGCCCUAUUCCUCGGUAACUUGCCUUCCACAGCUAUCCUCAUGUCUUUAUCCUUAGCUUAUCCUGUGAACUUAGGCAAAACAACAACGGCCGAAUUCGCCGCCUCCUACACCGGCCCGGCCUCCACGCGCAACCCGCACAAUCCGGCCCGCACCCCCGGAGGCUCGUCCUCCGGCUCGGGCGCCGCCGUCGGCGACUUCCAGGCGCCCGUGGCCCUCGGCACUCAGACCGGCGGGUCCACCAUCCGCCCGGGCUCGUUCAACGGCGUCUACUCCAUCAAGCCGACGUGGAACGCCGUGUCUCGCGAAGGGCUGAAGAUUUCGUCUUUGAUGUUGGACACGAUUGGCAUUUUCGCUCGCGGCGUUGAUGAUUUGGAUCUCGUGGCUGACGCGUUCGGGCUGCAGGACGAUGAGGCGAGUGCCUUUACGGGCAUCAAGGGCGCGCGCUUUGCUCUGUGCAAGACUGUCGUUUGGACAAUGGCCGGAGAGGGCACUCGCCACGCUAUUGCUCGCGCCGUCGACAUUCUGCGAGCUCACGGCGCAGAGGUCGAAGAAGUCGAUCUGCCGCGCGAGUUUGACGAUCUCCCUCGCUGGCACAACAUCGUCCUGCAGACCGAAGGCGAGACCUUCUUCCUCCCCGAGCACCGCGUCGCGAAGGAGAAGCUCUCGCCGCAGCUGGUCGGCUACGUCGACCGAAAGGCCGGCUACGACCGCCGCGCACAGCUCAAGGCCCUCGACAGCAUCUCCGCCCUGCGGCCCAAGAUUGACGAGAUUGCAGGUCGAUACACGGCCAUCCUGACGCCCAGCGUUAUUGACGAGGCGCCAGAGGGGCUCGAGUUCACUGGCGAUUCGGCAUUUUGCGUGAGCUGGUCGGCGCUGCAUACGCCGGUGAUCAACGUCCCGGGCUUUCAGGGACAUACUGGCAUGCCGAUUGGCGUGUCGCUGGUGGCUCCGAGAUAUCGCGAUAGACAUCUUUUAAAGGUGGCCAAGGAAGUGGGCAAGCUUUUCGAAGCAGAAGGCGGGUGGAAGCGAAAUGCAUAG